AUGCGGUGCCCGUACUGCUCCGCCGCACAGGGGCGUUGCGCCACCAGUACCAGCGGCCGUUAUAUAACUGAGUGCGCGUCGUGUGGCCGCGUAGUGGAGGAGCGCCAAACGCAGCCCCACCAUCUCUUCCACAUCCGUGCACAAGACUCCCCUCUCUGUCUAUCCACAUCCGACCUCCCCUCCCCAAUCAUCUCUCACUCCGAAGACCCCUUCGAGCCGACUGGGUUUAUUACGGCCUUCUCCACCUGGUCGCUCGAGCCUUACCCGAUAUUCGCCCAUUCUUCUCUUUCGUUCGCUGGCCACUUAGCUGAACUCGAAAGAGUGCUUGAAACGACGUCGCCGAGUAAUUCGAAUUCAAACUCGGUGGUGGUGGAUAAUUUAAGGGCUUAUUUGCAGAUAAUUGAUGUAGCAUCGAUUUUGGGGCUUGAUUAUGAUAUUUCGGACCAUGCAUUUCAGCUGUUUAGGGAUUGUUCUUCGGCUACUUGUUUGAGGAAUCGAAGCGUAGAAGCGCUAGCCACUGCAGCCCUCGUGCAGGCCAUUAGGGAAGCUCAAGAACCUAGAACCCUUCAGGAAAUAUCAAUUGCUGCCAAUCUACCACAAAAGGAGAUAGGGAAAUAUAUCAAGAUACUUGGAGAAGCUCUACAACUAAGUCAGCCUCUUAAUAGCAAUUCAAUAUCAGUCCACAUGCCAAGAUUUUGUACACUUCUCCAACUCAACAAAUCUGCUCAGGAGUUGGCAACUCACAUUGGUGAGGUUGUGAUGAACAAGUGCUUUUGCACCCGUAGGAACCCUAUUAGUAUAUCUGCAGCUGCCAUUUAUUUGGCCUGCCAAUUGGAAGAUAAACGUAAAACACAGGCUGAAAUCUGCAAGGUGACAGGCCUAACAGAGGUCACUCUUCGAAAAGUUUACAAAGAGCUGUUGGAAAAUUGGAACGAUCUACUUCCAUCAAAUUAUAAUCCCGUUGUUCCUCCAGAGAAGGCAUUUCCGACGGCAACCAUUCCUUCAGGUCGUACCCUGACUUCUAGAAAUGAUCCAGUCGAGGGGCCUUCAUCGGACAAGGACAAGCAUUCUGAAGGGAAGUAUACUAAAGCGAGUGAUAUCUUAGACUUAUCCCGUCAAGCCAGAGGUAAAGACAAUGCUAUGCACGUCCCACCAUCUUCUUGGGGGGCCCAGGUUCCAGUCGGAGCUUCUACUACUCAAAAACCUGGCGAAAGGAAUCAAUUUGCGACCCAAAAUAUGGAAAUUGAUUUACAGUACAAGACUCGAGAAGAGAAAAGAGUAGAUACUGAUGCAAGGGGUGCGUCUAGUUCUCCAAGCUCGGUUCAUUUUCCUAAUCUUCCGGCUUUAGCUGCAGGUGUCGUCCCAUGGCCAUUUCAGCCUCCAACGACAUCGUCCCAUUCGCCUUCUGUUCAGUUUGUGCAAGAAGCGAAAGGAGCUUCCAAUGCUGUAGAUGAAGGAUCCUCGAAACACAUUGCGAAUCAGAAGGAUAUUUAA